UCUAUGAGGAAGAAAGCCAUGAAUGCAUCAAACGGGCUGAGGAAUUCUCUGACGAAAAAGGGCAGGCGGAGCAGCAAGGUUAUGUCCAUUGAAAUUGAGGACGUCCACGAUGAGGAGGAGAUGAAACAUGUCGACGAGUUCCGCCAAGCUCUUAUCUUGGAUGAACUACUUCCUGCAAAGCACGAUGAUUAUCACAUGAUGCUUAGAUUCCUCAAGGCGAGGAAAUUUGAUAUCGAGAAAACAAAGCUAAUGUGGUCUAACAUGCUCAAGUGGAGGAAGGAAUUUGGUUCGGACACUAUUGUAGAGGAGUUUGAAUUCAAGGAAAUCAAUGAAGUGAUUAAGUAUUAUCCGCAUGGACACCAUGGAGUGGACAAAGAUGGACGUCCUGUGUAUAUAGAAAGAUUGGGACAAGUGGAUGCCACCAAGCUGAUGCAAGUCACAACCAUGGAUCGUUACAUCAAGUACCAUGUCCAAGAGUUUGAGAAGACUUUUGAUAUCAAGUUUCCAGCUUGCUCCAUUGCUGCAAGGAAGCAAAUCGACCAAAGUACAACAAUCCUUGAUGUCCAAGGAGUGGGUCUUAAAAACUUCAACAAGAAUGCUAGGGAACUUGUCACUCGCCUUCAGCAGAUUGACGGUGACAACUAUCCAGAGACCUUGAAUCGCAUGUUCAUCAUCAAUGCAGGUUCCGGGUUUAGAAUUUUGUGGAACACUGUAAAAUCCUUCCUUGACCCUAAGACUACAGCGAAAAUCCAUGUUCUUGGUAACAAGUAUGAUACUAAAUUGCUUGAAAUAAUCGAUGCAAAUCAAUUGCCUGAGUUUUUAGGAGGCAGUUGUACCUGUCCUGGAGUUGAAGGAGGUUGUAUGCGUUCUGAUAAGGGUCCAUGGAAGGAUCCAGAAAUAAUGAAGAUGGUUCAAAAUGGUGAUCACAAAUGUUCGAAAGGGAAAGGGUCUCAAGCUGAGGAGGAGAAACAUGUGGAGGAAUCCAAGCCUAUGUCCAGGUUGGGAAGUCUCAGCAAACAAGCCUCUUCACUUAGUGAUAAGGGAAACAAGAGUUUCAAGGGGGAAGCGGCUCUCACCAAACAAGUUUCUUCACUUAGUGAUAAGGCCGCAGCGAAUAAAAAGGUCCAAGAGAGCCAGGCUGCUCAAACAAAAACGACACAGCAGGCUCUUGUGGUUGCGGUUAAAACCAAGAAGCAUGAGGACAUUAUCCCCGUGAUUGACAAAACGGUGACAAAAAAGAUUGACAAAGUUGACAAAACUACAGCAUCUAAAGUGGAAAAGGUUUAUAGUACUAGAUGUGUCAAUGCCAAAAUGAAAAAAAAUGUGAAAGAAAGAAAGAAUGCACUUCCGAAUAGUAAUUACGCGUUCAACUGGUAUCUAGAUGAAGGAGGAGAAUGCGCCCCUGGUGCCAUGGAUGUUGAUAUGAGCAAGAUUCACGGAAAAGAAAAUUCCAAGGUUUUGAAUGGCCUGAUGGCCUUUGUAAUGGGAAUCUUCACCAUGGCCAGGGUGACACAAAACAUGCCAAAGCAACUCACUGCCUCUGCUUCUUGUUCUUCUAAGACUACUACUACUACUCAUGCCAACAACACCAUCAUUUCUUCAUCACAAAAAAUCCAAUCUUCUACUACUCAUGAAUUUAUUGGGAAAACCCAUAUCCCUCAUUCUUCUUCUCCUUCUCAUAAUGAUAAUGAUCAUGAUCAUCAUGAUCGUGAUGUAUGUAAUGUUGGGGUGGUCCCGUCUCUUGAUGAGAAGGUCCCCUCUGACGAUUUGCCUGAUCCCCCAACUGCCCUCUCUACUGCAGAGUUCACUACUGUGAUGAAGCGGAUGGCUGAGUUGGAAGAGAGAAUGCACAACAUGAACCAAAAGUCUGCUGCCUUGCCCCCUGAGAAGGAGCAGUUGCUCAACUCCGCUAUCUCCCGCGCCGACAACCUUGAGAAACAACUCAUGGAAACCAAGAAGCAAUUGGAGGAUUCACUCAGCAAGCAAGAGGAGCUCUCUGCUUACAUUGAGAAGAAGAAGAGAAAGAAGAAGAAGAUGAAAAGGGAAGAGGAUAACGUACCUAGAGGAAAGAAAGAGGGAGUUCCGGCAACAGAGAGAAUAGCAGCAGCGGUAAUGACAGAAGCGACAAAAACAGCAGUGACAAAGCGACCAACGCGGCGCAAGAAGUCUAUGAAGUCUUUGGAGUCUGUUGGUGGCGCCGGCGUGGUAGAGGAGGAUGACAAAGGUGGUUUGGGGGAGAGAGAUGCAGAGAGAAAGAGUGGAUCUUUUAAAAUGAUAUGA